AUGGGUCCACCGCCCUUCGCUAAACUCACACUUUGCCCCCAACAGUGCGAGUUGCGAACGGCGUGUUCAAAGCGAGCGGGCGGUCGCCCCCGCCUCGUCCCGCGCCGCCCACGCACGGGUGGGUGGGCUCUGCGAUGGCUGGCAGGGAGCCGGCGCGGCUCAGGGGCGCUCCUAGCGGCGAACGCGCUCGGCUCGCGACAGCGGAGGCGGCAGCGCGGAGCGAAGCGGCCACGUGGUGAGUGCGCGCAGCGGAGCCGAGCGGAGCGGACGGACCCCUCUGCGCGCGUCACCGCCGCCGCCGCUGCCGCCACCCCCGCUGCCAGCGCCGCGGAUUACUGCUCCACCCUCAGACCGGGCGUCGUGCCCAGCGGUCGCGCCGUCGCGCAGCGCCCGCGCCGCGCGCCCUCGCAGCGUCGGGAAGAACCUGCCGUCGCCGUGGUGCCUAGCCCCGCCGCCGCUGCCGUCGCGCCUGCAGCCGCGCCGCUCGCCGCGGCGCCGGCCGCCCCCCAUGGCUCGUGA